GGUGGGCAGGCGGCGCGGGGAUGGAGGGCGGGUUCGGCUCCGAGUUCGGGGCCGCGGGGGGGAAGCUGGACCCGGGGCUCAUCAUGGAGCAGGUGAAGGUGCAGAUCGCCGUGGCCAACGCGCAGGAGCUGCUGCAGAGGAUGACCGACAAGUGUUUCCGGAAGUGCAUCGGGAAGCCGGGGAGCUCGCUGGAUAACUCGGAGCAGAAGUGUAUUGCCAUGUGUAUGGACCGGUACAUGGACGCCUGGAACACAGUCUCACGAGCAUACAACUCCCGGCUGCAGAGGGAGAGAGCCAACAUGUGACCGGUUUCCAGUAGCCCUGACAACAUGCUUCAAUACUGCCCCCUGCCUGGGGAGAGUGACUUGAUUCCUGGACUAGCUGGAGUGGCCCUGUGAGAAUGAAAGGAAAGGUGGUGGGAGUGAAAUCCCUGUGAUUUGGUUAAUUUGGCAUUUUCAUCAUGGUAGAGCAAUAAAGCCACAUCUGGAACCUC